AUGAAUGCACUCGACCUUCUGUACAUGCCGAUCGCGAUUCUCAGCGCCCCGCUGUGGGCUCGCAAGAAACGCGGAGGCUGGUCUGAGCGCGUCGGCAAGAUCGAACCGAUGCUCAGCGAGCGGUGGGGGGCAAGAAGCGAAUCCAAACCAGUUGUGAUGCUCCACGCCGUGUCUGUGGGAGAGGUCAACGCGUUGCGUGCGUUGGUCCCGCUGCUGACUGAUGAUGCGACGGUGGUGAUCUCCGCGACGACGGAUACAGGACUCAAUCGAGCGCAGACACUGUUCUCCCAGACCUGCGAGGUUGUGCGCUAUCCGCUCGAUUGCUCGUGGAUGGUCAAGCGGUUCUUAGACUCGAUCGAUCCUGACGUCGUGGGUUUAGUUGAGCUCGAGGUCUGGCCCAACUUCGUCAAAGCGUGUAUGAAGCGAAAGAUCCCAAUCGGGAUCAUCAACGGCCGUUUGUCCGCGCGAUCGUUCAAGGGAUACCGAAAGAUCAAAGCACUGCUCCGCAAAACCUUCUCACGACUCUCUUUCGUGUGUAUGCAAGACGAUGCGUACGCCAAACGCAUCGAGGCGCUCGGCGCCAAGCAGGUCAAUGUCACUGGAUCGAUGAAAUGGGAUGCAUUGGAUGUGAGUGGGCCGCUCCCGAAUCCGACUGAAGCCGCGAUCGAACUUGCUGAGCAGAUGGGACUGGAUCUUGCAAAGCCCAUCAUAGUCGCGGGAUCGACAGGUCCCGGAGAAGAGGCGAUGCUGGACCGCGCGUGCACGGCUGGAGCUCAGCUUGUGUGCGCUCCGCGCAAACCUGAACGCUUCGAGGAAGCCGCGCUCACGAUGCAAGGCUGCACACGACGAUCAGACGGAGAAUCAAGGGCAAACACCCGAUUCCUGCUCGACACCAUCGGUGAGCUCUCAACGAUGUAUCAACUCGCGGAUCUGGUCGUGAUUGGGCGAUCGUUCUUUGAUCUGCACGGAUCCGAUCCGCUCGAAGCCGCGGCUUUGGGCAAAGCGGUCCUCAUCGGACCUCGAAACUCGGAUUUCACGACCCAGAUAGCCGCGUUGCGGGAAUCGGACGCGAUCGAGGUCGUGGACUCCCAAGACCUUGGGGAUCGGCUCGAUGCGUGGAUGGCUGCUCCUGAGGAUCGGAUGCGGAUGGGGAUCCGAGCGCGUUCAGGGUUCGAGUCCCUGCGCUCCUAUUCCAAGAUUCCUCCGCCUGAAGUGGCGCCAGCAUGGAGCCUUGAAUUCGUGAUCAACGCGAGUCCCUCUGAAACAAUCAGCGCUGAUUCCCAGAGUGUGGUGCAAGUCAUCCACGCGAACUGGGCCGAUGAUCAUCUGCACUUCUGGAUCGAGCAGUGCCCCGAUGGGCAGUGGUGGGAUCGCGAAUCCGAAACAUGCGACAACGACACAAUUCUUCAUCCCAACGCGUCCAUCCCCGAUUGGAUUGAUGGUGAAGCAAGUUCCGUUGUCCUUCGACUCCCAGUCAGCAGCGAUCGUCCAAUGCCUUCUCAAGUGUUCGCGAUGUAUGGGGGAGUCGAGACCGAGGAUCAUCAAGCCGCGGGACUGAGCGAUGUGCGAGUUCCGACCGUCGCGGUCAAGCCGGCUCAUGUGCCGGCAUUGCUCGAAUCGCUGUACGAUCGCCAGGAUGCCAUUGAGGACUUCCAUGUCGGCCCAGGUGUCGAGUACUUCGUCGCCGCAAGUCGUCUCGCGGAGCACCUGAUCGCGGGACACCGAUUUGUUCCCAUGGUCUAUCAAGACGCCGCGGGGAUGCUCUCUGGUCGCUGGCAGCCCUGGUUGUCCGACGAUAUGACGACCAAACGCGUCGCGAAGCUGAUCCGCUCGAUGCCCGCCGCGGCUCGUGCAGUUCCCGAUGGACACGCGCACGACGCGUGGUCGAUCACCGUAGAUUUCCUUUCCCAGAUCACCGACGCUUCGUGCCGACGUGUCAUGGUCAGCGAAGAGAUGACCGACACCAUCGACUCGAUCGAUCCGGGGAUGGAUCAACAAGUCGCGUGGCUCAACGGCUUGCUCGGAAGCGGGAUCGAAGUCCCCGCAUCCACUGGUCAGCGUGCAGAGAUCUCGCGCACAGUUCGCAAAUGGAUCUCCGAGCUCGAAGACCGCGGCGAAUCGAGUACAUGGCGAUUUGGUUUGCGCCUCGCUGAACCCAUCGGCGAGAGCUUGGCGCUCGACAUCGAUCAACCAGACGAGUCCGUCAUGUGGUCGCUCAGCUUCUACCUCCAGUCGCUUGACGAUGAGGAAGUCAUCCUCCGCGGCGCUGAUGUUUGGCUCAUCAAUCGCGAUCGCAUUGUCUACGAGGGACUUACGCUCGAGAAUCCGCAAGAGCUGCUCAUGGGAGAGCUCGGACGUGCGAGUCGAUACUACAAGAAGCUCGAAGAUGCGCUCGACGAGAGCGAACCGAUCCAGCUGCUGAUCGAAACCAAAGAAGCGUACCGCUUCCUGCGCGAGGUCAAACCAGUCCUCGAAGAGCAAGGGUUCGGCGUCGAAUGUCCGAGCUGGUGGGACUCGCAAGCGGGACGAUUGGGCACCAAGCUCAAGAUCGAUUCGGAUCCAUCAGAAAUGGUGCUCGGCGAGGGCGCCGACGCGGACGCCGCUGGAGCACAACUUGGUCUUGGCACACUCGUCGGAUACCACUGGGAGAUCGCGAUCGGGGACACCACCCUCACGCUCCACGAGUUCGAGGAGCUGGCGCAGAAGAACUCGCCGCUGGUCCGCAUCGGUGGUCAGUGGGUCGAGAUCCGUCCAGAGGAUGUCGAGAACGCGAUCAGCUUCAUGCGCGAGAAUCCCGGCGGAGAGAUGGAACUCGGAGAAGCGAUGCAGCUCGCGCUCGCAUCGGAUUCCUCGCAGACCGGACUCCCGGUCACCGGCGUCGAAGCAACGGGCUGGGUCGCGUCCAUGCUCGGAGGAGAGGGAGGCGUCUCGCUCGAGCUCCCAAUGCUCGAUACUCCGGAAAUGUUCAAGGGCACGCUGCGUCCGUACCAAGCACGCGGCUUGAGUUGGAUGGCGUUCAUGGAACGCUUCGGAUUCGGCGCGUGUCUCGCAGACGACAUGGGUCUUGGUAAGACGAUCCAGAUGAUCGCACUCAUCCUCCACGAGCGCGCCAGCAACCCCGAUGGAGUGGACCCAACGCUGCUCAUCGUUCCCAUGUCGGUAAUCGGGAACUGGGUCAAAGAGUUCGAGCGCUUCGCGCCGAGCAUCAAGGUCCAGGUCCACCACGGCGUGGAUCGCAAGCAAGGCGACACCUUUGUCGCAACAGCUCAAGAAGUCGAUGUUGUCAUCACGACCUACGCGCUCGUGCAUCGUGACAACGAGUUCAUCACCAAGGUCAAGUGGGGACGCGUCGUGCUCGACGAGGCGCAGUUUGUCAAGAACCCCGCCGCGAAACAGUCGAUGUCUGUGCGAGCACUCAAGGUCCCUCGCCGCGUCGCGAUGACUGGUACUCCAGUGGAGAACAGACUGUCCGAGCUCUGGUCGAUCAUGGACUUCCUCAAUCCGCAGUACCUCGGACCAUCGGGAACUUUCCGCAAGAAGUUCGCGCUCCCGAUCGAGCGCCAUCGUGAUCAGGUCAAGAUGGACAAGCUUCGCACGAUGGUGCGUCCGUUCAUCCUGCGCCGCGUGAAAACCGAUCCCGCGGUCGUCUCGGAUCUUCCAGAGAAGCUUGAGUCCAAAGAGUGGUGUCCGCUCACGAGCGAGCAAGCGUCGCUCUACGAGGGAUGCGUCAAGCAGAUGCUCACCGAUGUUGAGCACGCCGAGGGCAUCCAUCGCCGAGGACUCGUCCUCGCAGCGCUCAUCAAGCUCAAGCAGAUCUGUAACCAUCCAGCGCAGAUGCUCAAGGACAACGAUCCGCAGCACGGCAAGAUCAUCGAUCCAGGACGAUCCGGCAAGUGUGUGCGAUUGCUGGAGCAGCUCGACGAGAUCCUCGCAGAGGGUGAUCAAGCGCUUGUGUUCACACAGUUCCGUCAGAUGGGACACAUCCUCUCAAACAUGCUCAAGCAUGAGCUUGGAAAGGAAGUCCUCUUCCUCCACGGCGGCACGGCUCAAGGUCAGCGUCAGAAGAUGAUCGAUAAGUUCCAGGAAGCAACCGGGAAGAAUCCGAUCCUGAUCCUCUCGCUCAAAGCGGGUGGUGUGGGUCUGAACCUCACCGCAGCGAACCAUGUCUUCCACUUCGAUCGCUGGUGGAAUCCAGCGGUCGAGAACCAAGCGACCGACCGUGCGUACCGCAUCGGACAGACACGCACAGUCCAAGUUCACAAGUACAUCGUGCGUGGAACGCUGGAAGAACGCAUCGACGAGAUGAUCGAGAGCAAAACCGAACUCGCAGAAAACAUCAUCGGGCACGGCGAGCGCUGGCUCACCGAUCUCGGGACCGACAAACUCCGGAGUCUGCUCGCGCUGCGUGCCGACACGAUCUCCGACGAGAUGUAA